UUUAGUAUUUCAAUUUUUUUUCCCAUGUUGUCAGAGAAAUAUCUGCAAUUUCAUGAGAUUAAAAUCUAUGGGUUUUUGUAGUUUUAGGUAAAUUCCCUAUUUUGAAAUAGAAAACAAAUUCUCUGUGCUUGCAUGGGACUUUCGAUUCCCUCGAACGAGGAAGAAGGUUUCAAGUAUUUCUUCAGGGUUUCGAUUCCCUCGAAGUAUUUCGUCAGUGUUGAGAAGCAGGUUGCCAUAGCCCUUAGAACGUUAGCAUCUGGUGACUCUCAAGUCUUGGUUGGAGCUGCCUUUGGGGUUGGCCAAUCCACAGUUUCUCAGGUGACAUGGAGAUUCAUUGAAGCAUUGGAAGAAUGUUCCAAGCAUCAUCUCAAGUGGCCGGAUUCCAAUAGAAUGGAGGAAAUUAAAUCCAAAUUUGAAGAAUUGUUAGGAUUGCCUAAUUAUUGUGGUGCUCUAGAUGCCACGCAUAUCAUUAUGAGCCUUCCAACAGUUCAAACUUCAGAUGAUUGGUGUGACCAAGAGAACAACUACAGCACGUUCUUACAGGGUAUUGUUGACCAUGAAAUGAGAUUUCUAGAUAUUGUAACUGGUUGGCCUGGGGGCAUGACUGUGUCUAGAUUGUUGAAAUGCUCGAGAUUUUUCAGAUUGUGUGAGGCUGGGGAGUGUUUGAAUGGAAAUACAAGAACUUUGUCUGAAGGAGUGGGGAUAAGAGAAUUCAUUGUUGGGGGGUUGCAUAUCCUCCUCUUCAUUGGCUAAUAACUCCGUAUAAGACAAAUAGUCUUUCCACUAAUGCUUUUAAUUCGAUACAUGGAGGUUCAAGAACUCUUGCAUCUAGGGCAUAUUUGCAGUUAAAGGGUAGUUGGAGAAUUCUUAACAAUGUCUUGUGGAGACCUGAUAGACUUAAAUUGCCCAGUAUAAUUUUGGUAUGCUGUUUACUUCACAAUGUUAUACUUGACUGUGGAGAUCAGUUACAUCCUGAUGUUGCUUUAUCAGGUUGUCAUGACCUUGGUUAUGAAGAGCAAUGCUCUUAGCAAGUUGAUCUAGUGGA